AGUGCUGUUCUACAGGAAAGCAAUAGGGUGAGCUUAGAUGGGAAAUGCAGAGUGGUGGGUUAAGAAACUUGUAGAAACUGAGUUUCCACUGAGUACUCUGGGUGUGCAGGGAUGCAUGUAAGAUGUGUGUGCUGCUGUGGCUUUCUUACUCCUGUCUCGUGACUACAGCUGGGGCUGCAGGCUUUGAUAGAACUAUUGAUAGUGCCCCAUUUUGGAUGAGGAAGAAGGAAGUAGAGCAGAAGAAUCCAGAGAAAUCAGAGCCCAUCAGGUAGAUCUGAAGGCCAUGGCCCAGGGAUUGGUGACAUUCAGGGAUGUGGCCGUAGAGUUCUCUCAGGAAGAAUGGAAGUGUCUGAAACCUGCCCAGAGGGACUUGUACAGAGACGUGACUUUGGAGAACUUUGGGAACUUGGUCUCACUAGGGAUUUCCAUUUCUAAACCUGAUGUCAUCUCCUUGUUGGAGCAGGGGAAAGAGCCCUGGAUGAAGGCAAAUGAUAUUACAGGACCAUGGUGCCCAGACUUGGCAUCCAGGUGUGAAACCUUCCCACAAAGAGGUAUUUUUGAAAUAGACUCAUUCAAUUGGGAGAUAAUGGAAAGCCUUCGGUGCUGUGAUCUCGAAAUCGCCAGUUUUAAAGAUGACUGGAAAUGCAAAGGCCAGUUUGAGGGACAGCACAUGAAUCAAGAGUGCUGUCUCCAGCAGAGGACGAUCACCCGUGAAAGCUUGCCCGCCUCUGAGCACCAUACAUCGCCCACUCUUCGUCAGAGCAGUGAGACUGGUGAGAGACUGAUGGGAUGUAAUGACUGUGGGAAAACCUUUAGCCGGGGCGCACACCUUAUUCAACAUCAGAAAACGCAUACUGGGGAAAAGCCCUUCGAGUGCGAGGAGUGUGGGAAGGCCUUUAGCCGAGCCUCGCACCUCGCUCAGCAUCAGAGAAUUCACACAGGUGAGAAACCUUAUGACUGCAAGCACUGUGGGAAGGCCUUCGGACGCACUUCGGAACUCACUCUACACCAGCGACUACAUACUGGUGUGAAACCCUAUGAAUGUAAGGAAUGUGGAAGGACCUUUAGACAGCAUUCCCAACUUAUUCUGCAUCAAAGAACUCACACUGGUGAGAAACCCUACGUAUGUAAAGACUGUGGGAAGGCUUUUAUUCGUGGCUCACAACUUACUGUUCAUCGCAGGAUUCACACAGGUGCCAGACCCUAUCAGUGCAAAGAAUGUGGGAAGGCCUUCAAACAGCAUUCCCAACUCACUGUCCAUCAGCGAAUUCAUACUGGGGAGAAGCCCUAUGAAUGUAAGGAGUGUGGAAAGGGCUUUAUUCACAGCUCAGACAUUACUCGACAUCAAAGAAUUCACUCUGGGGAGAAACCUUUCGAAUGUAAGGAAUGUGGGAAGGCCUUCCGACAGCACGCACAGCUGAGGCGACAUCAGAGGGUUCACACUGGUGACAGACCCUAUGAGUGCAAGGACUGUGGGAAGGCGUUUAGUCAGAGUUCCUACCUCAUUCAGCAUCAGCGAAUCCACACAGGGGACAAACCCUACGAAUGUAAGGAGUGUGGGAAGGCCUUUAUUCGUGUCUCACAGCUGACUCACCAUCAGCGAGCUCACACCUGCGAGAAACCCUAUGAGUGCAGGGAGUGUGGAAUGGCCUUUAUCCGCAGUUCCCAACUCACUGAACAUCAGAGAAUUCAUCCAGGUAUCAAACCUUAUGAGUGCAGAGAAUGUGGGCAGGCCUUUAUCCUCGGCUCACAGCUCAUUGAACACUACAGAAUUCAUACUGGUUAGAAAACCUCAACUGUUAAAGACGUAGAAAAGCCUUGAUGUGGAGUUUAAACCUGAUUCAAGAUUCAAUCAUUUAAUGAAAUUAAUGUCAGAAAGCCUUCUUUUGUCACUUGCAUUAUGGAACAUCAGAGAACUCCUACCAGAAGAAAAUUCAAUAAAUAUGGGAAUUCUUGUUGCCUACUUACUGUUUACUGAGGAUCAGAGAACAUAUGCUAAAAAUGUCAAUGUAGAAAAGCCUUCUGUUGCCACUCAAAAUGUGUUAAAUUUCUGAGGAUUCCAAAUAGAAAAUGACCCUAUUAAAAUGUUUUGUGAGCCUGCCUUCCACCAUGACAUACAGUUUACUGAAUAGUGUCUCAUUGCCACUGAUUACUGACUGUUCAGCCUUGUACAAAUUAUGCAGCCUUUCUGUCCCUCAAUUUACUUAUUUUUAACUGAUGGUAAU